AUGUUCUCUUUCCGAAUAGCCGCAACUUUCGUUUUCUUCGCUAGUCCCUUCCUCCUCGCAAGCGCUGUUCCCAUCGAAAAAAUGAUUCUUCCAGACCUUACAGAGCAUUUCGGCAAGCGCGAAAAGCUGGUGCUACCAGAUCUCACCGAGCACUUUGGAAGACGGGACAAACUCAUAUUGCCAGAUCUCACCGAGCAUUUCGGAAAGCGCGAUAAACUUGUCUUGCCAGAUCUCACUGAACACUUUGGAAAACGGGAGAAGCUCGUCUUGCCAGAUCUCACCGAGCACUUUGGGAGGAGGGACAAGCUCGUCUUGCCUGAUCUUACCGAACACUUCGGAAAGCGUAAAACUCACGAGUCAUAA